AUGAAAUCACUAGACGUAAAACCAUUUGAAUUUAGAAAGAAAACACCGAAUGAGAUAUUUAAAGAGCUUGAGAAGCAACUAAAUGCUGACUUCAUUAGUCUAAAAGAGAAGAUAGAGGAGAAAUGGGAAAAUACAAAUACAUCACAGAUUGAUGAAGCCGAUUUAUCAAAUGAGUUCAAUUGGAACGAGUUAUCAUCAGAUGAUAACAUUCUUAACAAGCCAGCCUGCGAAGUGGCCGAAUUGUUUUAUAAGAAAUAA